UUUUCAUACUAUUAAUAGCCUUGUAUAUUUUCGUUUUUUUAAAUCUACUCUAUGCCACCAUACCUUUAACGCGUACAUAUUCUGAUUUACUACCUGUAUUACUAUCUAUUUCCUAGUCUUCCCAUCUCAUUCUUCCGUCUUCAACCUCUCUCUCCGUUCUCGCUUAGCCUCAGCCAACGGGAAAAAUCCGCCAACAUGAGCGACAAGUCCGAGCCUCCGUCUGGCGCCAUUCAGCAGCAGCAGCGCAAGAAACGAGGCUUAUUACCACCAGAACUUGUAGAUCUUAUGGUGACUCCCAUUCAAGUUGGUGCAUGGUCUGGUGCUGCUGGAGUGAUGGCCGGUGUUGCCGGUGCCAUUGCGCGGGACACCAGCCCUGUUGCUAGUGGUGCUGUAACUGGAUUUCAAUGGUUUGCUCUGGGAGGAAGCUUUUGGUUCACUAGAUCCGUGACCGUGAGGGCAAUGGGAGGUGACCAGCAGCUAAGGCCAGUAGACAAGACCAUCGCAAGCACAGUAGGAGGAUCAGCAGCUGGUGCAGUGGCCGGAUUAAUACGGGGGCCAGGGAAGAUUCUACCCGCCAUGGUCAUGUGGGGAGUAUUAGGGGCGGGCGGGCAGAUGGUUGCCAACGGCUUGGGAAACAGGAAACCUAAAGUGAAGGAUGAAAAUGACAGCUGGUUCAGGUCAAAAUGGAGCCCAUUGAAGAAGCUCACAGACCAGGAGUAUAUCGACAUGAUGGAAGAGAAGAUUCUGAGAGUGGAGGCGGAUAUUGCUCUCAUCGACGAUCGGAUUAUAGAACUGAAGUCUAUUGAACAGAGAACCAAGAAAGAGAAUAGGACAUGAAAAUAUCAUAAUUCAGCAAG